AUGGCUGGGGCGUGCGAGCGGCCGCCUGACUGGGCUGCCGCCACUUGCUUGGAUAACCUGCGCCAGUACCGCGACAUUACCAACCGGGAGGUGGAGCGCGUGCGGCGAAAUUUAAAUGGGCUGUCAGACGAUGACAAAGCUUCCCUGAUUAGGAAGCCGGAAGAGCAGGUCAAGGCCAUGGAGGAGGCUGUGUCGGCCACGCUGCAGCUCGUCGAAAAGCUCGAGACGCUGCUCCGAAAGGAGUCGCAGACGGCCGAGAAGAGCACCAAGCAGAGGGGCUCCGGCAUCAACAUCCCAGUGGGGACCAAACCAGUGCAGUCCUUGCUCCAAACCCUUGUGCGCGAGUGGGCCACAGAAGGGCUUGAGGAGCGCAAGGCUUGCUUCGACAAGUUGCUAGGAGCCCUCGACAGCCACCUCACCAAGGCUGGGCGGGUGCUGGUUCCGGCCUGCUCCCUAGGACGCCUGGCCUUCGAGGUGUCCAGCAGAGGGCACAGCGUGGAAUCCUGCGAGAGCCGGUUGCUGCACUGGUUCGGCAUGGAGCUCCUGCGACAAAAUGGCCAAGCGGAGGUGCUUCGGCCACGGCCCUUCGCGCUGAACACAUGCAACCGGCUGAAGUUUUCUGACAAUCACAGAGUAACGGCCAUGCCGGAUGUCACGAUCGAGGAAGGGAGACUACCUCGACAGCGUUUUGGCGAGUUCAUCACUCUUUACGACAGGUCGGAUGCCAAAGAAAGUUUCGACUGCCUCCUGACCUCUUAUGCGCUGGACCUCUCUCCGAAUGUGUUCCGUUUUGUGCGCACUGCGGCUCACGUUAUCAGACCUGGCGGUGUGUGGGCGAAUUUUGGCCCUCUUGCAUAUGACACUGACCACGACGAGGUCGGGGGAUCCCUUGCCCAUCCUGAAAAUCAAAGAGGAAGAUAA